AUGCGGUGGAAUAUUCCCGUCAACCACAGCCUACACAGGCGUGUGCAUCGCAGUUUACAAGAAAGACUUGGAGCAGGUCGUGUUAAUAUUUCUGCCAAGAGAAGAUAUUUGGUUAUUCCUGGGGAGAUUAUACCAGCAUACAAAUGGAUAUUUUUUACGGCUAUUUUACCGGUUUUGCUUGUAACGAAACCAGUUUUAGGGUUUGGAGUAGAACCCGAAUUGCAACUGGAUAUCAUCAAUGAACUGGAAUUUGCAAACGCAACAUCUGGAAUAAGCCAAGUGUCCGGACUCCACAACAACAGCAAAGCCUUCUUAUUUCGAGAUGUGGAUAGAGUAAUUCACGCACCAGCACACAUCACACAGAAGUUGGUUCAGCUGUUCAGAGGUAAAAAUGAAUUCACCUUCCUGGCCUCAGUUCAGCAGAGGUCUUCAACGUCUGGAGUAAUAUUCUCCAUCCACGAGUCUGAGCACAGCUACUUUGAGGUGGAGAGCAGUGGUCUGCGGGAGGAAAUCCGAUACCGCUACCGCUUCAGAGGGAAACCUCGCUCUGAGACCUUCCCCUACAGGCUGGCGGAUGGCCAGUGGCACAAGAUCGCGCUGUCCAUCAGUGCCUCCCACCUGCAGCUCCAUGUCGACUGUAACAGGAUUUACGAGCGUGUGAUAGACCCUCCACAGAUGGAACUGACUUCUGGCAGCAGUGUUUGGGUGGGACAGCAUAGUCACAAACAUGGUUUAUUCAAGGGAAUCAUUCAAGAUGUCAAGUUUAUUUUUGCUCCAAAUGGUUACAUUGCGCAGUGUCCAAACCUUAAUCGCACCUGUCCAUCAUGUAGUGAUUUUCUGAGCCUGGUACAAGGCAUCAUGGAUCUUCAGGAGCUCCUUGCUAAGAUGACUGUAAAGUUGAAUUAUGCAGAGUCAAGGCUGACCCAGCUGGAGAAAUGCCACUGUGAGAAGUCCUGCCAGCUGAGUGGUUUGCUGCACCGAGACACAGAACUCUGGGCAGAGCCAGACAACUGCAGGAAUUGUGCUUGCAAGAACGGGGUGGUCGAGUGCCGACGAAUAUCCUGUCCACCUCCUAACUGCUCUGCAGACUCUCUCCCAGUACACAUCAAGGGCCACUGUUGCAAGAAGUGCAGCCCAAAAUGUAGCUUCAUGGGUAAAGUGCUAUCAGAAGGACAGCGUGUUUUGACAAAGGUCUGCAGAGAAUGCAAGAAUGGACUGAUGGUGAAUGUGACUGAGAGCUGUCCUAAGCUGAACUGUACUGAGAGUGAGCAGAUUCUUCCAGAAAACAAAUGCUGCAAUGUCUGCAGAGGUUAUGACUUCUGUGCUGAGGGAAUUUAUUGUGGAGAGAACACUGUAUGCAAAAACUAUAAUACCAAAGCCAUCUGUGAGUGCAAAAGGGGCUAUACGUCUGCCAUUGGAGACUUCACAAAUUGUGAAGAUAUUGAUGAGUGCUCCACCCAGAUGCACUACUGCCAUGCCAACACUGUGUGUGUGAACCUCCCCGGCACCUAUCGCUGUGACUGCCUGCCUGGCUUCAUUAAGGUUGAUGACUACUCCUGCACAGAGCAAGAUGAGUGUGCCAGCAGUCAGCAGCCCUGUGACAGGAACGCCAUCUGCACCAACAGCAUCCAGGGCCACACGUGCACCUGUAAGCCUGGCUAUGUGGGCAACGGCACCAUUUGCAGAGCGUUCUGUAAGGAAGGCUGCCGCAGCGGGGGGACCUGUGUGUCACCUAACACCUGCCUCUGUCCUCCUGGGUUUACUGGGCGACACUGCGAGAAAGAUAUCGACGAAUGUGCAGAAGGCCUGAUCCAGUGUCACAACCAUUCCCGCUGCGUCAACCUGCCUGGCUGGUAUCACUGUGAGUGCAGAAGUGGCUUCCAGGACAAUGGAUCUUACCUGCUUGAUGGGGGAUCCUGUGUUGACAUUGACGAGUGUGCCACACAGACACACACCUGCUGGAAUGACUCUGCGUGUGUGAACCUGCAGGGGAGCUUUGACUGCUUGUGUACCUCCAGCCCUCCAUGCACGGGAGACUGCCUCCACCAGGGGGCGCUUAAGCAGAACGGGCAAGUCUGGACUCUGGAACAGGAUCGCUGCUCUGUCUGCUCUUGCAAGGACGGCACGGUCACAUGUAGGCGGAUGGCAUGUGACUGCCAGAACCGCAGUGUAGAUUUGCUAUGCUGUCCAGAGUGUGACACCCGACAGAGUAGCCAGUGUGUACACCAGAGUGGCAGCAUGCUCUACCACAGCGGGGACAAGUGGAUCUACAGCUGUCAGCAGUGCAGAUGUCUGGCAGGAGAGGUGGACUGCUGGCCCCUAGCUUGUCCCACGCUCUCCUGCGAGUACUCGGCAGUGUCUGAGGGCGAGUGCUGCCCACGCUGUGUCACAGACCCCUGCCUCGCCGACAACAUCAGCUACGACAUCAGGAAAACGUGCGUGGACAGCGCUGGCAUCACACGCCUCAGUGGCUCCAUGUGGGACAUGCCCGGGUCUCCCUGUACCACAUGCAUAUGCAAGAAUGGAAAUGCCUGCUGUUCAGUGGAGUUGGAAUGUCUUAUGAACAACUAAACACAGCUCUUACUGAAGGCUUAGAGUGCUUCUCUGGUUUAAAGAGCUUGCUCUGUUAUUUUUUAAGUUUAAUUUUUGUUCUGCAAUACACCAGACUAUGGCCUAAGUGUCAACACCUUGGAGGCGACUGGAGCUUUGCUUCCAGAACGAAUGGUCGCUCUACUGGCUGUAGUACCGGGAGAUGCUGCUGAAGCCCUAGUGGACCGAACGUGUCUGUCACAAAAGCGAGAUCAACCCACGAUUUCUCCCGGUCCUCCUUGUUCACUGUCUCAUGUUUUUAGGUUUUUGUCCAUCAAAAGAGAAGCAACAUGAACUAAACAGGUUACUGGCAGUACUGUUACUGAUAUGUUUAAGAAGGGAAAACGUUUUUUUUAAGAGCAACAGCCUCCCUCUUAACUUCCGAGGUCACAACUGUAUAACCCCAUCAUGGGGGCUCCCCUUUCAAUGAGAACCAGUACCCAACAAUUGGUAUAAAGUUGUGCACAGUAGCAAAUUCAGUAAGUAGAAAGCAAGGGCAUAGGUUUGGUUUCAAUGCUGGUAAGGACCAAAUCAGCUCCGAACUCACUCCACCAAACACAUACAGUACUCCCACAUUGCAAGGGACAUAUUGGAAGGGACAUGUCUCUACUGUCCAUACCCAAAAAUGUCCAUGGUAGACAAAUUCCUCCAAAAGAAUAACUCCAAAAGACGUUCUCAUAUUAACAGUGACAAAAUGUCAGAAAGAAACCCUCUUCUUGUGUAUGUGUGUGUGUAUGUGUAUUUAUAAAUAUAUAACUAUGUACUGUGCAAAGGUCUUAGGCAGUCAAAAAAAAUGUUUAAAGCUCUUUAUCUGGGUAGUACGUGUGUGUCUGGUCAAAAAACACAAUUUAACAUUAGAAAAUAUGCAAAUUAUCCAUAACACAAAAACAAAAACUAACAAGAAUUUGUUCUGUUCUCCAAGAAGUCACUGACAUACUGUGGGCUGGCAAGAAGAACAGCACUUCAGUUCCCAAACCGCUCCUCAGGGGUACUGCAUUCAUUCCAUGUAUCCAUUUAAUUUAACCACAGCUCAAUAAAUUAGAUAAUUAGUUAAUUAAUAAGUAAGGUAUUGUUUAGCCAAACAAGGUGUGCUAGUGGGCAAAGCAUACAUGGGUAUGUUAGGGUUAAGGUUACUUUUGCAGAGCUUUUCAAAAUGCUAAGCUGAUAUACAAUGAAGAUCAUUUUCUUUGACCUUUGCACGGUACUAUGCAUGAUGUAUAUAUGCACACACACAUGUACAGAAUGAGCACAGCAGCAAUUGGCAGAGGCAGCUUACAAUGCCAGUUUUUUGUCAGCACUCAAAACAGCCCAUUCUCCUUUUGUCAUUCGUGGAAAUGUAAAUUGAAAUGGCACUAUAUGAAAUGACUGAAACAUUUUCCCUUAGAUUUUCUGUGUAAAUGUAAAAUACUGAGCUUUUGUUCAUAAUUUCCAAAAUUGUGUAUUUAUCUGAAUUUGGUGGGGGUUCCUUGUCUGUAAAUACUGUGUAAAGCUAGGACUAUAUCAAGAAGACACUGGGUGUGUUAAUAUAGAUUCUUCAGUCCUAAGCUACCUACUUGUAGGAGAAAGCAAAGUGUGUAUUUUUUAACAACACUGAUUUUGUGUGUGUAUUAUUGUCCAAAACUCGUAGUAUUGGUUAGCAUAGAAGCACUGAUUAUUAUUUCUGUUAUCAGACAGCAAUGAAAUCUGUCAAUUCUAAUGAGGAAAAAUAUGGAAAGAAUAAUGAUCAGCCUUGAACAAUACGAAUUGCACUUUCAGUAUAUUGCUGAUCUCAGAUUUGGUGUCAUAUUGUAGUUAAUUGAUUUUAUCUGCCAUGAAAUUGUCCUUUAAACAGAACCUGAAUGAAAUACACAAGAAAACAUCUUGCCAUAAUUUGAUGGCUCCUUUUUUGGAAAAAAAUAUUCAACCCACAAACUGGCUAAAUAUUUCAUUCAAGUAUUCAGUGUAACCUUCUACGGUGUACAGUAUCUCUUUAUUCUGAGUUGAUCUCAUUCACUAAAAGUCAGCAUUGUGAUGGAGAACUCUGUACAUUUUUUCAGUUAAUAAAUAUUUUAGUUGUUUAA